GGAAGCUUAGAGCCGCGGGGACGAAACUCCGCGCGCGAUACUGAUGCGUGAUGACGUUGUUGUCCGGCAACGACGACGUCGACGACGCUUCUCCACGCUCUGAUGGCAUUGCGUCGCCUAGCCGUAGCCGGUCCGUCGGUCGCCGCGCCGCCGCGGUUUGCUUAUUGAUGUUCAAAUGGUGGCCCAAAGCAUCAGUCUAUUAGCGAUCGCGCCGCGUUCAUGACUUAUUACUUCACACACGAGGGAGCCGGACAGUAAACGCGCGCCAACCGCAUUGUCGAUGAUAUUGAAUCGGGGGUGCACAACAAUAUACAGACGGGUGAUUCGCGGUAUAGUCGGUGCAUAACGGGUCGUAACGCGUGCGCGGAUGUAACUGAGUGAAACGUAUAGAUAGGUGUGAAGUGGUUGGAAAAUAUUCAUUUCCUGUAUAUAGUGAGUGGGGUUGUAUUUUUUUUCGUAAGGAUAAUCGGAAGAGGUGGAUGUGCAAUUCAUACGAAAGAGCACGAGUAAGAGUGAAGAAUAGUGUGGGCAGAGUGUCAAACUAGUUUGCAUCGCGUAAACAAACGGAGGACCAAUAUUUAUUGGCUGUUGCUGUACUGCUGCUGCUGCUGCUGCUGCGUGGUGUGUCGUUAGUCCGGAUUAGGAGAUGGUCCUCAGUGAAAGUCAACUGGCGCUAUGUACAGUUUUCACGUUAUAUUUAGGUGGUCUCCCGCUGAUGUACUCGCCGGCCCCGAGAGGCGACUGUGAAAACUGCUGCCCCAUCCGGGAGCCAAAAGAUAUUCAGUUUUUCCUAUUCACAAGGGAAAAUCGCGACAAAGGCGACGUGCUCUAUGUUUCCGACAAGAAGCAUCUGCGGAAAUCCCACCUGAACAGGACCAAUCCGAUGGUAAUCUAUAUGCAUGGCUUUUCGGAGCGGGCACCGGGCGGUGACGGGGAGAGCAGUAAGCAGAUGCGGGAUGCUCUCCUCGAUGCCGGUGACUACAACGUGGUGCUGGUGGACUGGAGUCCCCUGACGGCGCUACCCUGGUACGUGAACUCGGUCCAGAACGGGCCCCGAGUCGGGCGGUACAUCGCACGGUUCAUCCGCUUCAUGGUGCUAUCGAAUUUCCCGCUGAAGCAAAUUCACCUGAUCGGAUUCAGCCUCGGGGCCGAGGUGGCCGGAUUCGCGGGGAAAACCCUCAACGAGUGGGGCAUGAAGCUGCCGCGGAUAACGGGCCUGGACCCAGCCUUCCCGCUGUACGUGUUCGAGAAAGCCUCGCAACGGUUGAGUCCGAACGAUGCCGAGUUUGUGGAUGUCAUUCACACCGAUGGUGGUUUGCUGGGCUAUCCGUGGCCGCUGGGACACGUGGACUUCUACCCGAACGGAGGAGUUCCGCUGCAGCCGGGAUGUGCCCAACAGGAACUGUCCAAAAACCGGUGGUUGGGAGUGAUUAUUGGAUGUAGUCAUGCCCGGGCCUGGCAGUACUUUGCCGAAUCGUUGACAAGGCCGAAGGCGUUCUUGUGCGAUAGGUGCGAAAACAGUGACGAUAAUGUGACGGAGAGCAAUUGUACUAUGACGAAGGAGGUGUUCAUGGGCAUGAACACCGAUAGGACUCUUCGGGGGAAGUUCUAUUUGACGACGAAUCCGGAACCUCCGUUUGGCAGGAAUCUGCCACUCGAUUGAUGCAUUUCUAGUUGUAUAGAAAGGUCGGAAGUUUCAAAAAAUGUAAAUAGUAGCAUUAAGUAGAAUUUUUUAAUAAAGAUGUACAAUGAUUGUGAUAAGAUAUUGAAUGGAAAUCUA